AUGGCAGCCGGCCGAAAGCUAGAGAAACUGCAGAGUGAGGACUGGUCUUACCAGUCGAAUGAGGUUCCCGAAGACAAGGGAGACAAGAAGGUAGAUAAAUGUACAUCAUUCCACAGCAGAGAGUGUACACCCAUUCCCAUCGAUCUGGUGUACACGUGGGUGAAUGGCACAGACGUGAGCCUACAGAGUGACCUGAUGGUGGCCAAAGAGCAACUGGAUGCAGAACAAGCUCUUCUGAGUGUCAAGCCAGAAUGCCCGCUGUCUCAAUGCAUCGUGGCACCAAUGGUGGCGCUUAAUCCUGGCCUUCCGGCCAACAUGACCACUCGAGAGCUACCCUCGGUCUUGCCCUCCUUCUCGCCUGCCAAGGCCCUGCUGCAGUUUACCAAACCCCUGCAACCAUCCAACACUGUCUCCGUGGUCGUAUUCCAUUCACGAGCUGACGCUGAAGAGGCCUUGACAGGCACGCUCAAAAUCGAGAAAAUCUCAAUCUCCAAAUGCUACGUGACGACAGACAAAGAGGCGCCAGGUCUGAUCCAAAUGGAGAACUUGGCCUACCUAACUGGCUUCCCGCAGUCCUACAAAGUAUCAGAGAUGCUGCGAGGCAAAUUGUCGGCCACCGUAAAGAGCAGGAUAACUGCGUUUGAGUUGUACCCGGGCGCCGGCAUCGCUCUGCUCUACCUUAAAACGCCACAGGACUUCAUUUUUCUCCUGCAAUUAGCGAAAAGUAGCAGACUGAAACUGGAUGGGAAGAAGCUGACCAUCAGCCCUGUAUACUUGUUCUGGGACAUGAGGGCCAUCACAGAGUUUUCACAGAAGCGGCCUGCCCCUCCCAAAAAAGAGACCAGGGACUCUCUCACAGCCAACCGCUUCGAGGAGAACGGUGCUCUCCUCUAUUCCUUACGCUCCAUGGAGAAACAUGCGCCGUGGGUGCGACACGUCUACAUCGUCACGAACGGGCAGAUUCCCUCCUGGCUCAACCUGCAAAACCCCCGUGUUUCAAUUGUCACACACAAGGAAAUCUUCCUGAACAUGAGCCAUCUCCCCAACUUCAACUCGCACGCUAUCGAAAGCCACCUUCAUCGCAUCCCAGGCAUCUCGCAAAAGUUCCUUUACCUCAACGAUGACAUGAUGUUUGGCAAAGACGCAUGGCUGGACGACUUCUACACCCCAACCGAUGGGCAGAAAGUAAUGAAAAUAGACGAGUCAACUUUGAGCAUCAAACGGAUAUCAAUUAAUUUUGACAACUCUUUUUCAAACCAACACAACCGUCCUUUGACUUCCCUGCAGGUCUAUUUAGCCUGGCCUUUAGGCGCCUGUUCAAAAGGCUGUCCAGGAAACUGGAUCAACAACGGUCUUUGUAAUGAACAAUGCAACAAUGCCGCCUGUCAAUGGGACGGAGGCGACUGCAAAGGAAGAAACCUCAGGUCUAUCAGAAGUGCUCGUGACAGUGAUCCAUCUCAAGCUAAGAAGACCCAGGCAACAAGCCAGAAGUCAAGCGUGACACAAAAACCACCGAGCUUCUUCUCAAACGAGAAUGAGAACAGAGAUCCCCAUAUCCAGAGCAAACAGCAUGGGGAGAAAAAACAGAUCAACACGGAAAUGGUUGACUGGAAAGCUCCUUUGGGGAUGAACGUCCAACAGUUUGUUGCUUCUUUCAAGGGAUUCCUCAAAUCUUUUCAAGAACUACUUGAGGAAGAUGUUCAUCUACAAAGAGCACUAAUGUAUGAGACAAAUGGUGCCAUGAUUGGUCGAAAGCUGCAGGACACUUUUACUGCCAUACUGCACCGCGUAAACAGGCUGUACAACCUCAAGUUUGGCGGCAUGAUCCGAAAGGUGAUCUCACACGCGCCCUAUAUGAUUGACAAGCUUGUGAUGCAGGAGCUGCAGGAUACAUUCCCACAAGAAUUCUACGAGACCUCAAGCCACCAUUUGCGUCACCGACAAGACAUGCAAUAUGCCUUUUCCUACUUUUAUUUCCUGAUGAGCGUCAAGCAGCAGGCUAACAUCUCAAAAGUGUUUGACGCUGCUGACAAGGACCACUCGGGCGUUCUGUCUGAAAGUGAGAUUGAAGCUCUGGCCGUGAAAAUCUACCAGCAGCCACUCGAACCCGAGGACUUGACGAGCUUGGAGAAUCAGUUGAUCAACUGCUCAAAAAGUCUUCCAAAUGACGUCAGGGAGCUGGAACCCAGUCAGGAGGUCUACCGUGACCAAAAGAUGUCUCAGGUCACUAAAAAACUCAUCAUGAACUGCAAACCUAUCAUAGAUCGCAUUCGCAGUACCUUUCCAGACCAGAAGAAGUACAAAUAUCAGAUCAUGGGGGAGGACCAGGUUCAUUUCAAGAUGCUUCACAAUAACUUGGCUGAGGCGGAUCGCAUUUUUGAUGACAUUCGUAAACGACCAAGGAAGUUCAUCUGCAUAAACGAUGACCUUGACCACACCCAAAGCAGAGCUCAGGAAGUGAAAAAAAAGUUGGCAAUAUUUUACCAAUCCAUGUUCCCGCGACCUUCCCAGUUUGAGCUCCCCAAAGGCACGUCCAACAAGUUCCUGCACAUGGAUGAGCAUCUUUAAGGGUUCGGCGUGUAAUGGUGGAAACCAAUGUUCCCUCUAAUUUCCAUGCGACCAAACAUUCACAAAAACUCCCCGAGCAUUCCUUGGACCUCAUGUGAGCAACAUCAGACUGGGGGAGACACCGGGAUCACACCUCAGUUUGUGAGAUUCAAUUUCGACCAAUUAGAAGCAGAAUAUUAUAACCCGUGUCAAAUGC